AUGAAUUACGAAUCUAUCACAACACAGAAAAGGAAAGAAAAGGCGAGUGCGGUAGGCGCUUCAUUUCCGUUCCCUCCUUCCGCCCGUCCGCUUCCCGCUCUCCCCUCUCCUUUUCCAAGAAAGCCCACCCCAUUUACAAGAGCGGAAGAGAGCGAGGGAGGGACAGACAGCGGAGCGGCGGCGGCGGCGGCGGCGGCGAUGGGGAUCCAGGGUUUGCUGCCGCAGCUCAAGUCGAUAAUGGCGCCCAUCAGGGUGGAGGACCUGAGGGGGCAAACGGUCGCCGUCGACACCUACUCCUGGCUCCACAAGGGCGCUCUCUCCUGCGGCGACCGCCUCUGCAAGGGCAUCCCCACCACCAGGCAUAUCGAGUACUGCAUGCAUAGGGUUAACUUGUUGCGGCACCAUGGCGUGAAGCCAAUUCUUGUAUUUGAUGGAGGCUUUCUGCCAAUGAAGAGCGAACAAGAGGUCAAACGUGCAAGGUCACGAAAGGAAAAUCUUGAGCGUGCCAGGGAACAUGAAGCAGCUGGGAAUUCCCGUGCUGCUUUCGACUGCUACCAGAAAGCUGUUGAUAUUACACCUAAAAUUGCUUUAGAACUGAUCCAGGUACUGAAGCAAGAAAAGGUUGAUUAUAUUGUUGCGCCUUACGAAGCAGAUGCACAAAUGACGUUCUUAUCUGUCAACAAACUUGUUGACGCUGUAAUUACCGAGGAUUCAGAUUUGAUACCAUUUGGCUGUUCUAGAAUUAUUUUCAAGAUGGACAAAUUUGGGCAAGGUGUUGAAUUCCAGAUAACACGAUUGGAACGAAACAGGGAGCUGGACUUAAAUGGAUUCACGAAACAGAUGUUACUAGAGAUGUGUAUUUUAAGUGGCUGUGACUAUCUUCCAUCCUUGCCGGGAAUGGGUGUCAAACGUGCUCAUGCACUCAUCCAAAAACUUAAGAGUCAUGAGAAGGUAAUCAAGCACCUGAGGUACAGUGCUGUUUCUGUUCCACCUCAAUAUGAAGAGAAUUUCAAGAAGGCAAUAUGGGCAUUUCAGUUUCAAAGGGUCUAUGAUCCUGCGACAGAAGAUAUUGUUCAUUUGUCUGGCAUUCCUCAUGACCUCAGCGAAGACGACUUUCUGGGACCAUGGUUACCACAGGCUGUUGUUAAAGGUAUUGCUCUAGGGGAAAUUGAUCCACUUACAAAGGAACCAUUUGAGGCCAGCAUUCCUUGCAGUGCACCUGCUGCUGAUAAAGGUUAUCCGGUCAAGGAGUCUAUUAUUCCUUCAAAUGGAAAGAAGAGGCUAGAAUUGCCUGUGCAGAAAAACAUAUUGACAAAUUACUUCUGCUUAGCAUCGCUUGAGGCAAAACGGAAGUUCAGGGCACCUAAGGUUACACCCAAGCAAAAAAUGUUGAAUGAAUCUUCUUUGCCGAGCCGUCAGACUGAAGACUCUGGCACCCCUGAUUCAAUUGAAGACACUAGCUUGCCAAUGAAUAAUAUUCAAUUCUCUCAGUAUAGUUCUGAGCAUUUUAGCUCUGAACCUCCUCGAGAUGAUUCAAUUGAUGCUUCUCAACGUAGUACUGGUCGAGCCUUCCCCUGGGACGAUUCAGAUAGUGUUUCACCCCACUGUAUUUCUCGUGAUAUUGGCAGUGGUCCUCUUUCUAGGGAUCAACACAUUGAAGAUGCAGAGGUUGAGGUCAGUUAUUGCAACACAAGUGCAAUGCCAAUAAGUCCUUGCUUAGAGAGGACUUCGCCUGGGAUAGCAGAUCCAUCAUUAAUUUCUCAUAACACGGAACCAUCGAGAUCAGUGCCACAUUAUGCUGAAAGUUAUGUGGCUCCUACUGUAAGGAGUUCAUACUUCAAGAAAGAUAAGAGGGUUUUCACAAAUCAAGUAGAAGACCAGUUAGAUGAUGACGAUGAUGAUAACGCUGAGACUGGCACUUCCACUCUUUCUGGAAUUCAACCGGGGAACCCUGGAGGUGUUGUGAAGAGAAGAAAACUUUGGGAUCCCCAAAAUUUUGAAGACGAAACAUUGCCACCAACUAGUUCACAUGACAGUCCAACAGUUGAUGAAGGCUGUGGUACUGAUUCCCUUGAUGACAUCGACACAAAUUCUGAAGGAAGAUUCGGAUGCAAUAUUUCCCAUGUGAAUAAUUACAGUGGCAUCGCGGAGAAAUCGAUGGAUAAGUUUGCUGCACUGAUAUCAUCUUUCAGAUACGCAGGCUCCCGUGCCAGUGGCCUUCGUGCUCCUUUAAAGGAUGUGAAGAAUACCCUUUCUGUGAGAUCUAUUCUCAGACCCCCGGAACAGAACCUCUGGUGUACGGCUAAGAAGACCGCGAGAGGUCGUGGUUCACGAAGCAGAUCCAGAAGUGAUGCCUCGAAUAGCGCCGACGGUCCUCCUGAUCUGAGCGCGUUUGCACGCAGCCCUGUUUUUCUUCCUGAUCUGGGGAAGGUCACCCAUAAAGAUGCACCGGCAAGAUCUACUACUGGUGGUUGUCUUGAUCAGAGCAGGAACACUCGUAAAGCAGUGGGCACUGUUGUCAGUCCUGAUCUGAGCACAUUUGCAUACACACCCACGACUACUGCUAGUCGUCCUGAACGGAGCAAAGUCUCUACAGCUAUAAGGACUGCAGACAGUCCUGAUCCGAGCACAUUUGCAUACCGACCCACGACUACUGCUAGUCCCUCUGAGUGGAGCAAAUUGUCUCCUACAGUUAUAAGAACCGCUGACAGUCCUCCUGAUCUGAGCACAUUUGCAUAUAAACCCAUGAAACCUUUGAAUGGCAGCAGGUUUGCAGGGACAGCAUUAGUGGCUUCUGGACGAAAUUCUCGAGGCCGAUUCACAUAG